GAUUCUCGGCCUCCGUCUCCGCCUCUUCCUCCUCGCCUCCAACGCCGCCACCACAGCCCCGGCCCCGUGUUGUUCCUGCACCCCACCCGUCCUGCGAGGCUCCUCCGCCAUGCCGUCAUACGCGCACCACCAUAGCAGCCCUCUGGAUGAUACCAGGAUGGACGCGCUGAAGUGUAACAACAACAGCGCCCCGCCGGAGGAGACCGCGGAGGACGCCGACGCCGCCGGGGCGCUCGUCGAGAAAGACGGGUUCUCGGUCGAGGACUUGCUGGACCUCGAGGAGUUUGGCGAGCCUGACAAGGACGGCGCCGAGCCUGAGGACGAUGACGCCCCGCCGGUACCCGCCGCGGCCGAGGAGAGGUCGAAAGACGACUCGCAGCCGUUGUCGGUCGUGACGUACGACCUCCCGUCGCCGCCGCCGGAGAUGGUUGAACUGCCGUCGCAUGACGUCGAGGAGUUGGAGUGGGUGUCCCGUAUCAUGGACGACUCGCUCUCUGAGCUGCCGCCGCAGGCGCAGCCUCCCCCCGCUGUGGUUGCGUCGUUGGCUGGGCGGCCCCCGCUUGCGCAGCAGCGGCGGCCGUUCGCGCACGACGGUGCGUACCGGGCCGUGGCGCCGCCGCCCGGCCCGCUGCGGACGCCGACCAUCUGUGCGCUGUCAACGGAGGCGAUGAUACCGGUGAAGGCGAAGCGCAGCAAGCGGUCGCGGGGCCCGGCGUGGUGGCGGUCGGGCGCCCCGUUCUUGUCCGACUCGGCCUCGUCCUCGUCGACAACGACCACUUCCUCGUGCUCAUCGUCAGGUUCGUUCUCGCCGUUCCUUCGUCUGGACUCGUCCCCGUUCGGUGGGCUGGAGGUCGGCGAGGGCUAUUACGGCCACCUCCUGCCGCGGCCGCCGUCGAAGAAGUCCAAGCACGGCGCCAAGGGCAGCAAGCACAAGCCCAAGAAGCGCGGGCGCAAGCCGAAGCACCUCCCUACCAACUCGUCCGGCGCCGGCGCGGCCGCGUCGCAGCCCGGGCCGAGCGACCGCCGCUGCAGCCACUGUGGCGUGCAGAAGACCCCGCAGUGGCGCGCGGGGCCCGAGGGCGCAAAGACGCUGUGCAAUGCGUGCGGCGUCCGCUACAAGUCGGGCCGGCUCCUGCCCGAGUACCGCCCGGCGUGCAGCCCCACCUUCGUGAGCAGCAUCCACUCCAACUCCCAUCGCAAGGUCCUCGAGAUGCGCCGCAAGAAGGAGGGCGACAUGGUCGCCACCGCCGCGCCGGCCGUGGCGUCGUUCUGAGCUGCACUCGCUGUCAGCAAGGACGCUGGCCACCCAGCGGUGGCUGUACAUUUUUUUUUCUUGCCAUAAUGGCCCUGUACCGUACCUGAACUCUCCUCCCCUCACUCAUCCUAGUGUGGUCGUUGUAGUCCCGGUUGGGUUAAUUAGAGUUUAGGAGUCUCAAUUAGGCCAGGUUAGUUUUAGCUUUGGUUCCGGUUAGGUUUCUACUGCGACAGCUGCGGCGCAGAACUUCAAUUCGUAGCAUUUCUAAAAAGUAGUUUCUAUUU